AACCACAAAGAACCAAAGAAAGAGAGCACUAUAAUAUGGAAGGAGGAGUAGUACCAUCGUCUUCUUCUUCCUCAGCAUAUAGAGAGUGCUUGAGGAACCAUGCAGCCAGCCUCGGCAGCUAUGCCACCGACGGCUGCGGAGAGUUCACCUUGGAUGACAUCAGCGGUGGCAGCAAUAGUCUGCAGUGUGCAGCAUGUGGCUGCCACCGCAAUUUUCAUCGCAAAGUGAACAAUUACCCUCAGAACGGAGCGUCCCCUUCUGAGGGUACUGCAAACACGGCUCACGAGCUCAUGAACUACUCAGAAGAGCGCGCCAUAGCCGAAGAAGGCAUAGAAAGAGGAAUAAUAAUGGGAACUAAUAAUAAUAAUAUUAAUAUUAAUAGCAGCAGCAACAACAAAAAGAGGUUCAGGACGAAAUUCAGCGAGGAGCAGAAGGAGAAGAUGUUAGGGUUUGCGGAGAAGAUUGGUUGGAAGCUUCAAAGAAUUAGCAAAGAGACUGAAGAUGAAGUUGAGAGGUUCUGUAGAAGUGUUGGUGUGAGUAGACAAGUUUUCAAGGUUUGGAUGCAUAACCACAAGAACAAUUCUUCCUUUAAUUCUUCUAAUUCUGCUUCCAAUGGCAAUGCUUCAUCUCUCACUCAGUAGUAUAAUAUUUUUUUUGAUGACACAAAACAUGCAUCAAAAAGAAGCUAAGGUAGAGAGAUCUUUAUGUAUCUUAUAAUCUUACCAUUGCUUUAAUUUGUGUCUUUUUUUUUAGCA